CCUUUGUAGCGGGGUGCCCUCCACAAGUGAAAUAUAUUCUCCUUUAAAUAUAUUAUUUAGCUUUUGCAGUGUAGUAGUGAAAUCCACUCACUACUUGACCAAUCCCCCGUAUUGGGUAUGAGAAACGGCUGAGGAUAAGAACAUAAACGGAGUAACAGUGAUAAUUUGUUAAUAGUGGUGCAAGUACAGAUACGGUCAGGAGUUGCUGGUGAAAUCAAGAUCGGUGGUGGACUCGCAGUGCAAUGUAUGACACUGAAGACGACGACACUCAUUUGUGCCUUAAGUGCAGCGCAACAAUCAUCGGUCUGAAAAACUACAUCGCACAUCGCAAGCAGCACUGUUACAAAAUUGUGCGUAGUGACAAUGCUCUUACAUCCGUCGCGUCACCGACAACCGAACACCCGUAUGAGCCGUCAUCACUGCGGGCGGACGAUUUUUUCUCUUCACUCGAGCUACAAAGCAUCCAGGCUGUUAUUCCGUCUACUGCCACCAAGGCAGACCACGCCGAUUACGACUUGGAAGACGCCGAGGACAGCGACAAUGAUCUCUACCCACCAACGUCGCACACGGGCGGCAAGUGGAAACCUGGCUGGGGGCCGACCGCUCGUUCUGACUGGAAGGCAGUAUGUCAACACGGGGAGGUCCCACUACAAGCCACAAAGGAGCCUGCUGCCAUUUCGGAAGGAUUCAUUUGUAUCCCAUGCAACAGACACUACCGCAAUAAGUUCACAUUAUUGAGGCACAGAGAAACCUUGUACCACCUCAAGCGAAGUGGUGGCAUCAUAACAGCUGGAGUAAAAUUCAGCCAGCGAUGUGUGGCGCUCUCUGCAGCAGCAGCACAGGAGCAAGGCCGGAAGUUCAGCAAAACAGAUAAAGCGUCCGAAGUCUGUGACACAGUAAACCUACGCCGCAAGUGCCCUUCCAACUCUCGCCAACAUAAGCAGCAAAGUGACAAGCACAUUGCCAUUUCUACAACUCGCCCAGGUUCUACGAAACAGAGUACUAGUAGCGCUGGUGCUGCGUUUCAGCUGAAGAAGUCGUUGGUCCAAGGUAGCCAUUCUAACAUUGUGGUGAAUGUCCAGCAUCCUGCUUCAAAACAUGUCAAGCAAACCUUUCAGAGAAAUUUUAAACAGAGCACUACACCAGUGCAAAGGCAACAAUCGGAGCUACGUUGUGCUGCAUGUAAAGCUCAAUUUUUAACUCCUGGUGAGUUAAGGCUUCAUGAAUGUCAUUGCACUAUUUCCAGGCAGGCAAGCAAGCGAUUCGCUUAUGGAAGCUCGAUGUCACCUAAGGCAUUGAAAGAAAAUGCUGCUUCUAAUGAGCCUGAAAACUCUGAUGGGGCCACAGAUGUGCAGAAGCAGCACAAAAUUGCACCACGACUCUUUUGUCCACUAUGCAAGAAGCUAAUAAGCAAGCCCUACAUGAAAUUGCACAUGCACACGCAUACUGGUGAAAAGCCCUUUGCAUGCCAUUUAUGUGAUAAACAUUUUGCCCAUCGUAGUACUCUGAACGUUCACAUUAAGCAUCAUUUGGGACUUCGGAGGUUCCGCUGCGCCCACUGCCACUUUCGUGCUGUGCGUUGCAGCAUGCUGCGUCGACAUGAGCUUGCUGUUCAUCGGCGCGAGGUGGGCCCACAGUCUCCUCCUGCUGCAGCCACCACCCUCAGGUUGCAACAGUGUCGCAGUGUCCCUGAUCAAAAGAGUACUCUUAAAAGUGAAGUGUCUGUUUGCAAGACGGAGUGCCCAUUGAAACCAAAACCCAACCUUAUUUGUAGCAGUUGCCAUUGCAGUAACAGGAAAAGCCACUUGGAACAACGUCACCAGAGACAGGGCAUGGGUGUGCAGCAUUUCGAGUGCUCCCAAUGUGACUAUAAGUCUUCACAUAAGAGCCAGAUGCAGCGGCACAGUCGCAUUCACUUUGGGCUCAAACCUUACCACUGUCCUUACUGCAACUAUCGCUGCAGCAAUCAAGAAAACAUGCGCAAACAUAUCCUUAACACUAAGAAACAUAUUGGGAAGAAAAUGUACCCCUGUAAGCAGUGCAGCUUUGCCUGCAACGCAUUCAGAGUGUACAGAAAGCAUGUUUCAGAUAAGCAUCCAAAAGAUGCAAUUGCAAGUAGUAGUGGUGAUUCACCUGCUAGUGGUGCCACAGCUGAAAAUGUUCGGCCGACAGAGGGCUGCAAUGCCAGAAUACCAUCCAAUGAGAAGCAAAUGAUUGAGACUUGCACCGACUUGCCAGAACCAGCAGUAUUCUUGACCAUUUCAGGCUUAGGCGAGCCUGACCUACAGAACACUUCUAUGAUGGCGCAGGCCAUGCCUAGCCUAAAUAGAUCAGAAAGUGGUCUUCCUUGUACCGAAAGUGAUGUACUUGCUGAGUCCGGAAGUGGUAUAUUGCUGCCAAGUGGCCUGGACACCGAGUUCAGUGACCAGCUCAAUGCGCAUCUGAAUGUUCAAGUGAAUUUUUCUACACUGGAUACUACAGACAUUGUGUAUACGACUUGUUUAAAUUCCACAUAAUCUCCAAGUGGUUGGUUUGUUUGUGCAUUACUUUUAGCUUUAGAAUUAUUGUUUUCUAAAUCGCACAUUUGAAAAGUGUACCUGAGUGUUGAAGUGCAGAAGUGCCAAAACAGCACAAGCACAGUCUGCACUUGUGAUAGUGGCCCAUGGAAUGUGCCCUUUAAGUUCACACUGCAUGCAUGAAUGACCAUGAAAUUUUAGAUAGUCUGGGCUGCAGAAUUCACUAUAUCCAGUGGCCACAUGAUUUUCUCCUAACUGGCCAUACUUUGCAUGUGAAUAAAGUUGUGUUGCUAAGAUCACUUAAAAGUCUCCAUAAA